AUGGAAUUGCUUCCGGGUGAACUCUAAUGUGGUUCGGUGUGGAUUGGUGACUUGGAUAAAUUUGAGCAAAGUUGAAACCAAUUACUGCAUUUCAGUGGAUACACAUCACAGGAACAAUCCACCGAAUUAAAAAGACUUCAUUGUUUAGUAACUAAAAAGUAAAGCGAUGCCGGGGCUUAGUUGCAGGUUUUACCAGCACCGGUUCCCUGAGGUGGAGGAUGUCGUGAUGGUGAACGUGCGUUCCAUCGCUGAGAUGGGUGCCUAUGUCAGCUUACUAGAGUACAACAAUAUUGAGGGCAUGAUUCUGCUCAGUGAACUGUCCCGUCGACGUAUCCGUUCCAUCAACAAACUCAUCCGCAUCGGUCGCAAUGAGUGCGUGGUGGUCAUCCGAGUGGACAAGGAGAAAGGCUACAUUGACUUGUCCAAGAGAAGAGUGUCACCAGAGGAAGCAAUCAAGUGUGAGGACAAGUUUACCAAAUCUAAGACAGUGUACAGCAUCCUGCGGCACGUGGCGGAGGUUCUGGAGUACAGCAAGGACGAGCAGCUGGAGAGCCUGUACCAGAGAACCGCCUGGGUCUUUGACGAGAAGUACAAAAAACCUGGCUAUGGUGCCUACGAUGUCUUCAAGCAGGCUGUGUCGGACCCCGCAAUCCUUGAUGGACUGGACUUGACGGAAGAAGAGAGGAAAGUUCUCAUUGAUAACAUCAACAGGCGACUCACUCCCCAGGCUGUCAAAAUCAGAGCAGAUAUUGAAGUGGCAUGUUACGGGUAUGAGGGCAUUGAUGCAGUGAAGGAGGCUUUGAGAGCAGGACUCAACUGCUCCACAGAAGCCAUGCCAAUCAAGAUUAACCUGAUUGCACCACCGCGGUAUGUGAUGACCACAACUACGCUGGAGCGCACGGAAGGUCUGUCUGUGCUCAACCAGGCCAUGGCUGCCAUCAAGGAGAGGAUCGAGGAAAAGAGGGGCGUCUUCAACAUUCAGAUGGAGCCCAAGGUUGUGACUGAUACAGACGAGACCGAGCUUCAGAGACAGCUGGAACGUCUGGAGAGGGAGAAUGCAGAGGUGGACGGUGACGAUGAUGCAGAGGAGAUGGAGGCGAAGGCUGAAGACUGACCAAAGCGAACCGAAACAAAUGCGAUGCAAGAAACAUUUGGAGAGAAGGGGGACCUGCCCACCGCCCAACACACUCAUCGACCUUUCAAAAAUAAGAACUGAGUUUUUUUAUUCCAUGACCCAUUCUAGACCGACGUGAGAUUCACCUCAUAAACCACUUCAGGACAUCAGCAAAAUCCAGACAUACAUAUGCUAUUUGGAAAGAUUUGAUAGGAUAAUUUACUGCCCUUAGAUACAAGAUACAAGUAAACAUUACUCUACUCAACAGCAGUGGCCUUCACAGUGUUGUGUGUGCAAAAGUGAUCCUCGCAUCCUCACCUUCCUAUACAUGUGACCGUGAGAUGGGGAGGAUGUGAAGGGGUUUAAACUUCUGUUUAGACCAGCCUUCUGGCCCUAUAACGCAUUGUAAAAUCUGUGCAUGUAUAUAGGGGUGGUUUGCUCUUUUUUGCUCAUAUGAAUUCAAUAAAUAAAACAUUCGA